CGAAGAGAAGACCGUGGAAGAAGGACGAUUAGUGAAAAUUUGUUUAAAAAUUAAAAUUUGUCUUAUUUUUGAUGUAAAAAGUAUCUGCAGCUCAACAAAAAUUGGUAUUACAAGUGACACGCUAUAAAUGUAUGAAUCGUGCGGAUUUCUUUCGGCCUCCACAGGUUAUCUUUGCAGAAGGCAGUAGGGAACGGGCACAACGACAUUUUCCUCCUUAGCCGACAGUCCAUCUCAAUAUAAAUUAGACACAAUCAUAUUUCAAUUAUAACAACACGGAAAUCCAUACAAGAAUCAUCAUUAACUAGGAUUAGUGGAGGCAGACAUGUUAACUCACAAAGGUUGCCAAGGAGGACGCAAGAAAAUGCAGGUAUCUUUUGUCAUACGAGACGCAGAGGAGAAGCAACAUAGAAAUGGUGUUAAUGCAUUGCAACUAGAUCCCAACAACGGCAAGCUCUAUUCAGCUGGACGCGAUGCUAUUAUUCGUGUAUGGAAUACAACAAAAGAAUCAACUGAGAAAUAUAUACAAUCAAUGGAGCACCACAAUGAUUGGGUUAAUGAUAUAGUGCUGUGUUGCAAUGGCAGAAAUUUAAUUAGCGCCAGCUGUGAUACCACCGUUAAGGUGUGGAAUGCCCACAAAGGCUUCUGCAUGUCAACGUUACGUACACAUCGUGACUACGUCCAAGCAUUAGCUUAUGCCAGGGAUCGAGAGCAAGUGGCAAGUGCAGGACUAGACAAGGCGAUUUUCCUUUGGGACGUAAAUACGCUAACCGCACUGACUGCCAGCAACAACACCGUUACAACCUCUAGUCUCACCGGUUCCAAGGAUUCCAUAUACAGUCUGGCUAUGAAUCCUUCAGGUACGGUUAUUGUUAGCGGUUCCACAGAGAAUAUAUUGCGCAUUUGGGAUCCACGCACCUGUACACGUAGCAUGAAACUGCGAGGUCACACAGAAAAUGUACGUGCACUGGUCGUGUCACCUGACGGUAAUCAAGUGGUCUCCGGCAGUUCAGAUGGCACAAUCAAAGUGUGGAAUCUGGGCCAGCAACGAUGCAUACAAACAAUACACGUACAUAAAGAAGGCGUCUGGGCGCUUUUGAUGAGCGAAAACUUCCAGUAUGUGAUUUCGGGCAGUCGUGAUAAGAAUAUUAUUGUAACAGAGUUGCGUAACCCUAGCAACUCGGUAUUGGUUUGUGAGGAGCGCGCGCCCGUGCUCAGUCUUGGAUAUAACAUUGAUAAGACAGGCGUUUGGGCAACCACCUGGAAUUCGGAUAUACGAUGCUGGAAAUUGCCACUCUAUGAUAAAUGUACAUUGACGUCUAGUGGUGGCAUGGAUGCACAAUGGGCGAUAGCAUCCAACACGGAGUUGACCUGCUUCAAAGGUGGCGCGGCAGUAAAGAAAUGCUGUGUCUUGAAUGAUAAACGUUAUAUUGUAACCAAGGACACUGAGGAAAAUGUUGCGAUCUAUGAUGUCCUGCGUGUUAUGAAGAAGGAAGAUUUAGGCAAAGUGGAUUUCGACGAUGAGUUAAAGAAACGUAAUAAACAAGUAUACAUUCCAAACUGGUUUACGGUAGACUUGAAAACCGGAAUGCCAACUAUUGUAUUAGGACAGGAUGAAGUAGAUUGCUUUGCAGCAUGGGUAUCCAUAGAGGCUGGUCUUCCAGAAUGCGCGGAACCAACGUCGGAGACUAAGAUAAAUUACGGAAAAUUAUUGCUGGAAGCACUAUUAGAAUACUGGACUCCUCCACACAGCUUGCCGCAAAGCGAGCUAGAACCUGAUAGUCGUGGCAACGGUUACUUUCAAGUACCUAAACAUACACCAGUUAUAUUUAGUGAGGUUGGUGGUCGUACAGUAUGCCGGCUUUUGGUACGCGAUGCAGCUGGUGAGAGCGAGAGUACAUUACUGCAUGAAACCGUGCCACAAUGGGUCACGGAUGUGGUGAUCGAAAAGACUAUACCGAAGUUUUUGAAAAUUCCCUUCUUCCUGCAGCCACAUCCACAAAUGAUUAAGCCAGAACGUACCAAAAAGGACCGACUAGUUGCCAACGAAUUUAUACAGUGUCGCAAGGUGUGCGAACACGUACUGGAAAAAGUACUCGGUGCAGAGACAACUCCUAGCGGUGGGAACGCUUCAAAUUCCUCGCAAAAUAGUCAAAGUGAUGCGAAUUCCGAGGGCUCGCAAGUACCUGCCGAAGAUCGAAUUGAAUUAUGGUGCAACGAUGUUGUGGUUGAUCCUAAUAUGGAUUUGCGAACAGUGCGUCACUUCAUCUGGAAACAGUCGACCGAUUUGACUUUCCAAUACAAGACAAAGCCAAAUUUUAGCUACGAUGGUAAACUAUGAGCACACACAACAGUCGAAAUGUGAUCAUAACAACAUUUGCAACAACAUAUUUAUACAGAGAAAACGCUUCUCUUCAUAUAUCCGUAACUACACAUACAUAAAUUUUAGAACAUUUUGUUUUAUCUGUUACGUUUCGUUAAGAUCUUAAACACCGCAGCUCAGCUUAUCAAGUAAGCCGUGGGAAGUAACGGAUGCGCUUGCGCUCUGGCCUUAACGUGGAUGAGUACAAUUUAAGCUUAAUUAGUUUUCGUUCUUGCUUCACGCCGCCAGUUUAUACAUUUCAACCGAAUAUUUCUGAAUUGAAUGUUUUUUUGUUUGUUUUCCAAAAGAAAAUGCCGAUAUUUCGAUACAUGACCAACAGAAUACAGAAUUAUCAUCGAAUUAGUAACAAUUGUAUUAAUCUCUGUUUUGAUUCUGCAAUAUUACUUUUCCUGUUUCUUUUUUUAUAUGUUUAGUACGAAAUAUUUAAGUGUGGCGAUUUAUAGCACUUAUUAAAAUUUUGCAUUUAAACGAGGUGUCGUAUGUAUUUGUGUAUGAAGCUAGUAGCAAUUUUAUUUUGCUGUUACAAGCAGUGUUGUUGUAGUAAAGUGCAUAUACGCUAGAAUCAUAAAUAUUCUGUUAGAAGUAAAAACAUUUUGGAUUGUAAAACAAUAAUAGUGUUCAUAAGUAUCUACCUGCUCUUUUAUGUUUAAAAACUUUGUUUGCAAAAUGUAUUGUAUUAUCUAUACAUAUCUGUGCUUAAGCUUCUCUUUCUCUUCUCUGAGUCGUCCUCCUUGCUCGGACUUUAUUUAUACAUAUAUUGUACGGAUUGUAGCGACAGUUAAGAGAUUAGUCUUGGAUAAUUUAUCUAUAUAAUAUGUAUUAAUGCAUUAAAUGUACGUGGCGCGUAUUAUCUACACGUUAUUUACUUUAACAUAAGUUUAAAGCUGUUCUAUACAAAAUUAUCAUACAUACAUACAUACAUAUAAAACAAAAACAAAAUAAAAUACAAAAUCAAAAAUCUAGCUAAUAUAGUAACAACUAUUAUAUAAUAUUAAAAUCCAUUAAAUUAUAAAGAAGUGAAAAUGUCACACAAGGAAUAUGAGUAAUUACAUUCAUGCCAAUAAACCGAUAAAUUUGUAUAUAAGUCCGGAGUAUGGGUGUUUAUUAUAUGAAUGCACGCAUGGACCUAUUUAUUUGUAGAUGAAUUUGUAUAUACUGGACACGUAUUGGGAAUCAAUGGAAUUUUACCGGAUUUUGAAAUAUUUUAACAGCGUUGCUGGUAACGAUUCCUCCUGAAAGUAUUAACAUUUUAA